AUGUCUGUCACGCUCCAUCUCAACUGCUGGCUACUUGGCGAUGAUGCUAGCCAAGUGUUCCCGGUGGCAAUUUCGAAGACAGCGACUGUCGGCAUCCUCAGCCAUCAAAGAGCAGAAGACGGUCGCUUUCCAACACCUCGCACUCUGGAAGGUUUCCAUCCCAGUCGACGACGUACUAUCGCCAGUGAAGAGAUUGUCCUACAAGACCUACACAUCAUUAUUCGGUUCCCGCGUGUUGUGCCACAAUUAGAUCCUCCUAUUCUCGAACUGUACUGUCUCAUUCAUGGCGAUGGCGCCAACCAUAUCUUUCCGGUCCAAAUUGCGAGUACAGAGUCUGUCGGUACCCUCAAGAAAGCCAUCAAGGAGGAGAAGUUCGCUCUCCCACACAUUGACGCAGACACCCUCAAUUCUGGAAGAGAUUAUCUUCCAUCCACCUCAGGAUGGAUAUCUACACAUCAUUGUUCAGUCUCCCCCCGUAUUAGCAACCGUGUCCCCAAGGGCCGGGCGGAAUGGGCUUCAAAGUUUGCGCAAAAGGCACCUUCGGAAAAAGGGAAGCCGAAAAAUUUCGCUGCUGACCAGAGAAGAAACCCUCCUGCAUUCUGUUUCAAUCGCCCACCAUCGACCGCCGCGACGAUACCUAUCACAUUGCACAAUCCCAUAUUUGGCCAGUUCCAAGAUGACUGCAAAACUUACAUACCGACGAAGGCAGACCAUGACUUAAAGCUGUCAAGUUCUAUGUCAGAGUUUUGCGAUGCCGAGAAAGGGAGGGUGGAGAAGAUUUUGGAGUCAGAGAUUAUCCUAGGCAGUGCUGAGCCUAUCUUUGAAGCGGCCUGGUACUACGCUGCUAAUCUGGGCUCCAAUCUCCCUUGUUUUAUUCUCUACAUUGCUGGUGAGGUUGCAUGCGCCCUGCUGUGGACCAUACGCCCUCAUCUACAAGUUGUAGCACCUACUUUGCCGCUCUUCUAUCACACAUCCGAUGUCGAUAUGUGGAUGCAAACCGCAUGUUUUUUGGGUGCAUUCGUCCAUCAAUACUCGAAGGAACCAUCGCAAAUCCUCAUCAUUGGGAUUCGCGCCUUCCUACGGCUUUCAGCCGUUCCCGGUGGAUGGUAUAUGGUUGUCAUUAAUUUCAUCGAUAAUACUUAUCAUGAAUUGGAGGAUUCAUAUGCAAAAGCCUCAUUUGAAACCGGAAGGCGACCAGUCUCCACCAAGCAGGAUAUGUGCACGGUGACAUUCGAACUACCAACAUCAUGGUGA